AUGACAAAAGCAACCCCCACCACUGGCAUUACGGUGAUCAUUGUCGGCCUAGGGAUUGCCGGACUCACUGCCGCGAUUGAAUGUCAUCGACAAGGGCACGAAGUGAUCGGCCUGGAGAAGAAAAGCACGGUAUACCAACUGGGGGAUCUAAUUGGCCUCAGUGAAAAUGGACUCAAGGUCCUUUCGCAAUGGCCCACCGCCAACGGCACUUCCGUCGCCUCAACCCUAACAUCUCUCGGGAGCGAACUAUCUUCCGUGGAGAUCUUCAGUAGUGCUGGAGAAUUGAAAUACAGCAUCCCCUUCGGCGCCGAUAGUCCAGUGGCGGGACUGUUUCUUCGUCGGUCAGACCUGGUCGAAGCGCUGUAUCAGUACGCGACAUCUGAUCUCAGGUUGGAUCUGCGAUAUGGAGUGGCGGUAGAAGAAUACUGGGAGACAGCCACAACGGCAGGUGUCGUUGUUCAGGGUGCAGAAAGAAUUAGCGGACAUUGUGUGAUUGGGACGGAUGGUAUUUAUAGCAAAACACGCGCCGUCAUCACCGGGGACAGCCCAGAAGCGGACACCGCCACUCUUCUGGAAACCGGAGGUGCAAUCUUUCGAUCAACGUUUGAUGCGAGUGUGAUCGCCACGGAUCCUGAUGCACAGUGGGUAUUGCAGGGCGUGUCGGCACAUGACCGCCAUGAGAUCUACCUUGGGAAGGAUGUCACGAUUCUUAUGGGGACCAUGGCAAAGGGAAAAUAUGUGUGGUGGAAUUGCUCACAUAGGGACCCGACGAAAGCUACCACCAACUGGGUCCAAGCCGCAUCUAUUACCCCGGUCCUGAAAUACAUCCGUGACUGGCCAAUUGCCAAUAAGCUCUCCGCCGUGAUUGCAAAAACCCCUCAAGGCAAAUGUUUCAAUCAUUCGCUGGUCACGAGGAAACCGAUACGGACAUGGGUGUCGCGCCAGGGUCGAAUGGCUGUGAUCGGGGACGCGGCGCAUCAAUUCCUGCCACAUACUGGGCAGGGGGCUAACCAGGCCAUUGAGGAUGCCGCCGUGGUGGCAGUUUGCUUGCGGCUGGCGUCGCUUUCAAAAGAUUCGAGGACCCCGAAAUCGGAUGGCGUUCCCCUGGCGUUGCGUGUGAUGGAAAAGCUCAGAAGGGUCUCCCUGAUCCAGGAAGGCUCCGUUGAAGCCCAGGAAGUCACUCUUGAAGGUGAUAUGGAUACUGGCACUUCCGGCGAUCGUUUCAAUGCGAUUUCACGGCCGGCUUGGAUUCAUUGCCAUGACUGUAUUAGUCACACUCAUGAGGAGUUUGCCAAAGUAGUGGAUGCUCUGAGCAAGAGAGAUGCGGACGCAUACGUUCCCACAAAUGCGCCGGUGGAUGGAUUGUUCCAUGCGGAAGACGAUUAUAUCCUGCGAGGAAAGGGGUCUCUGUAG